AUGAACCUGCCCAUUCAAGGACAAAAUCAAAAAACUGCCCAGCCUCCGACCGAAAUGACCAGAACGAAUGUGAUAGACGAAGUUGAUGUGGUGCUGACCGUGGUGCUAGCUGUGGUGCUGACCGUGGUGCUAGCGGCGGUGCUGGCCGUGGUGCUAGCUGCGGUGCUGGCCGUGGUGCUGACCGUGGUGCUAGCUGCGGUGCUGACCGUGGUGCUAGCGGCGGUGCUGGCCGUGGUGCUAGCUGUGAUGCUGGCCGUGGUGCUAGCCGCGGUGCUGGCCGUGGUGCUAGCCGCGGUGCUGGCCGUGGUGCUAGCCGUGGUGCUGACCGCGGUGCUAGCCGUGGUGCUGACCGCGGUGCUGACCAUCGUCGUGCUCUGGGUUGUGCUCGGAGGGCUUGUAGGGCUGUAG